AUGGAGCUUAUGCAAUGUUUCGAGCAAGGGUGCAAGAACGAGGUUGAAUACUCAUGCCCAUGCACAUCUCCUGAAACUCUAUCCUGCGUACAGCAUAUUGGGGAGCACAUGAAACUUCCUAAUAGAACUCAUGUUCCCAACUUCAUUUUUGUAGAGCCAUGCAAAGGGACAAAAGAAGAAAUUCUUAAGUUUCUCACAAGAAAAAAAUUAAAAAAUAGCAAGCUGAAGGGAAAGAUGCUAGCAUCCUUUAGCAAGCGUUUGCUAGAAUCAGAGGACGAUAUUGAAGAACUCUUAAAAAAUUUGGAUUCAUAUUCAGCUGAAAUAAGUGAUUAUUUGACAAAAAUUUCUCAAGCUCAAAAAUUAUCAAAAUCAGAGCAAGACCCGAUUUUAGGAUUAUUGAAUUUGCAACCUGAUGAAGCUAUUGAGAAAUUAAAAAAAAUUAUUCCGACCAAUCAAGAAUGGUCCAAAAGUGCAAAGCUAUUUUGUGCUCUCGGUGAAAAAAUUGAAAAAACGAUUGAGUGUAUUAUUGAAGACAAAUUUGAAGCUUAUUUAGAUAAAAGACUGUCUAAUGUAGAAAACACUCUUCAAGAGCACAGCAAAAUUAUUAAAUCAGUCAAUGAAGAGCAUAAAAAGAGCAUUGAUUCAACGAACGAUCAGAUAGCAAACAUCAAAGAAUCUAUUUCUAAACUAAUAAAUGAGAAUGAAAAGAGCAAGAGAGACUUAAAAGACUGGAAAGAAGAAAUAAUGCUUAACACAAAAAAUGAAAUAGACCUGUCUAAUUCUCAAAUUAUUAAAAUAAAUCAAGAUAAUGAAAAGAGCAAGAGAGACUUAAAAGACUGGAAAGAAGAAAUAAUGCUUAACACAAAAAAUGAAAUAGACCUGUCUAAUUCUCAAAUUAUUAAAAUAAAUCAAGAUAAUGAAAAGAGCAAGAGAGACUUAAAAGACUGGAAAGAAGAAAUAAUGCUUAACACAAAAAAUGAAAUAGACCUGUUUAAUUCUCAAAUUAUUAAAAUAAAUCAAGAUAAUGAAAAGAGCAAGAAAGACUUAAAAGACUGAAAAGAAGAAAUAAUACUUAACACAAAAAAUGAAACAGACCUGCUUAAUUCUCAAAUUAUUAAAAUAAAUCAAGAUCUCAGCAAAAGUUAA